CUUGAAAUAUGUUUAUUGAUACAGAUAGGUGGACAACAAUUUAGAUAUACUUUGGCAUUGCAAAUUACUUUUCUUAAUUGUUACCAUGCCAAGGUUUCAAUUAGAUUGAAUCAGACUGGUUUCAAUUCAAUUAGAUUUUUUUUUUUUUGGAAGGCACCCUUAGGGAUUUCAUGUCCGUUAGUAAAGAGUCAGUCGCUAGAAAAAUUUUAUAGGUUUUAUUCUCAAAUACUGAUUUUGAUAAAACAUUGGCAUCUGUCAAAGAUUGGUCUUAAAGCGGAAACGAGAAAAAGACUCCGAUUACUCUCUGAUGUGUUGACAAGUAUUUCAUCCACGCACCUAGUGGAUGCUUGGCAUAAAUACAUUUAUUCAUUUUAUUUGUUUUAUGUUUACUUCCACCAAGUCAUUGACUCGUCGUGCACUUUAAAAUACGCACUAAGCAUUUCAAAGUCAAACGAGAAGUAAGGAUAGUGAAAGAGAAAAACAGGAAUACAUUGACGAGAAUUUCAAAAUAAAAUUUAAUAACAUGAAAGUCAGUUAUUUGGACUGUCAAAAACCUAACACCCACCACAAGGUCAGUAAAUGAAUCUGGAAACCACUAGUACCCCUAUUAAUAUCAUCACAUUUUGAAUGUAUAUUCCUCAAAAGAAUAAUACAAGCAUUAAAACAAAUUAACAAGACAAACUAGACUAGUCUCACGUAUAUUUCUAUUUUCAGUCAGAGGUCACGGAGAGUGCAUCACUGGCAAGAGGAGUACAGUCCCGUUCAGCGGAGGGACCACGACCGCUUCAAAACGUUACUGAUCAAAAUCAAACGAGGGUUUUUAGUCUCUCACAGAAUGAGGUUCAAGAAAUCGGCUGCGUUCUUGGAGAACUUGUCCAGUGUACGUGUCUGAAAUAUCUUGGCGAGGACAAGUGUCCGCCAAUGCCUAGAUGCCUUAACACUUACGUACUGGGGGACUUUAUCUAUACACUGAACAAAGCCAGGGAGCAGCUAAACGAAUGCCAGAAUACAGAGAAAGAUGGAAGGAAGAAAAGACGGAGAAGGAAAAGGCACAUCAUUGACUUCAAGGAGCAGGACAAGCGGCUGUGGCCGCAGCCCAUACCGUACGCUUUCUCCACUAGGUUUACAGAUGAGGACUCGCGUGACAUCGUGCGGAUGGCGAUGUGGGAAUGGGAGUACUAUACGUGUGUCCGCUUUGAGGAGGUGGCAGACCAGAAAGAGUUUCCUACCACCACCCUCGCCAUUACCCGGCCUAGAGACGACGGACUGUGCGGUUCUCACACGGGGCGGGUACCAUACUUCAAAGGGAACCGACAAGAGAUUUUCCUGGGGAAAUUCUGUAUUGCCCCUCCAAUAGUCGUGCACGAACUCGGUCACGUGCUAGGGCUCCUGCACGUGCAUACGCGGCCUGACCGGGAUAACUACAUCAAAGUGAUCUGGUCCAACCUGGGGCCAAAGACACUGCCACAGUUUGAUAAGAUGUCUGCUGACAAAAGCACUACGCUCGGCUUCCCCUAUGACGUCAACUCCGUGAUGCAUUAUGGGCCGAGGAUUUUUAGCAAAAGUUGGGACGCAAUCACCAUGAAGACGAAAGACCCGUUGCUUCAGAACAGUAUGGGCUACCCGUCCAGGAAAAAUAUUCAGUUCUUUGACGCCAAGGCGAUCAACAAUUUCUACUGCAAAGGCUGGUGCUACUGGACAGUGUAUAAGCCCCCGUGUGAGCACGACGGUUAUCAGGACCCGUAUGACUGUUACACCUGUGUGUGUCCUGACGGCUUGACGGGGGCUUUGUGUGACACCGUCAUUCCUUCUGAAGGAGAGCACCUGUGUGGCGGGGUUGUGUACGCCAGCGCCUCCAAGCGGACAAUCGAAACACCAAACUACGGAAGGGGGUCUUAUUCACCUUUGCAGACCUGUACCUGGCUGAUUAAGGCCUCGGAAGGCAAACGAGUGGCCUUCACCUUCACUGGCGCACGGUUUGGUUUACAGUGUUAUAAGAAGCCACUUCUCCAGUGUGUUGACUCUGUGGAAAUACGGUACGGGUCGUCCAUCGCAGUUACAGGCGCUAGAUUCUGCUGUGAUGUCCUGCCACGGGUCACCGUAAUAUCGGAAACACACGAAAUCCUGGUCCUCUUCCGCGCCGACUAUGACAUCACACCUAACGGGUACGACUCGGAAGUCAGGAGCAGAACCGGAUUCAGAAUUGCAUUCUGGGAAGUGGCUGGCGCCGAUAGGAGGACCAUAAAGUCCAAAUAUUAGGAAUGACCUCACGCACUUUGUGUAUCAAUCGGUUGAUAUGAAGCUUUUGCUGAGACAACACUAAAUGUAAUGUAAAUACGAGUGGAUCCAGGGAGACUUGAUGAACAACAAGGACGCGUCUAAACAGAUAGUUCCCCCGAGAACACUUGCAUUUAGACAAAACCGAGCGAUGAAGAGGGGGGAAAUUUCCUUACCCCUGUGCCCCACCACCAGUAAUAUCAACCCUGAAUUGCACACUGAAUUUGUAUCUAUCUAUCUGAAUCUACCUAUUUGAAUCUACCUGAGGCACGUGCUUCAUUAUCAUUUUUUGUGUUAUCAGUGGCAUAAUAAUACAUAUACAUUGUAACAGCGUCAUAUGAUACGGAGGUCGCUGAUGACAUUUCUUUGUACUCUUUCCAUUUCUUUGUAAAUAGAUGACAUCUGUACAUAGUAAUCACUUAGCAUAUGCAUCCUCAUGCACUAAGCAGUAUUAUGCAGUAUUAGGGAUACCUGAUGACAUUAACUCUUCAUAUUAGAUAGCAAGCCUUUAACCAUCAAUUUCAAAUGGGGUGUUUUUUGAGAGAAGUGUUAACCUUUUUGCCCCCGUACUUGACCUGGCUUGAGAAAUUACAUGUGCAUAGAAUCAACUGUGCCAGUAGAUCAAAUCUAACAGUAGAAGCAGUGCUGAUCUUUCCAGCCAAAGGGGUAGUUC